AUUGUUAGCUAAUGGCUGAAGCCCGCUAUGAUGAUGGAGAUGAAGAUUUUCCAAAUGUCGCCAUUACGAGGAGAAGAAAUUCAACAGACCGCUCAGAAAGAAACAAACCAGAACACUUACAUAUAAGUCAAAGACCCCUUUCUUCAAUCAAAGCCGCCUUUAAGAGAACUUCUGCAAGAGCUCACUCACAACCGGACUGCUCCAGGGAAAGAAGGACUCCUUCUCUCGUGCUUCAGCUUCCACCAUCCUAUGAGCAGGUGAUAAAGGAGAAGACCCAGGAGCAGGUUGCCACACCUUUACCAUUUCCACGACGCUCGCAUACAGCAACUAAUGCCACACAGACUGACUCACUAGAGGAGAAUGUGACGCAUCCAGAUUCCAACCAACAUCCCAGCGAAGUUUCAGCGAAGCUGCCAAAAAAACCACCUUGGCCAUCAUUGCCUUGCAAACCCGUUUCACAAGAAACUCAAACCAGAUCCCUAACAUCCACUCCCACUCUCAACUCCCAACCCACCAUCGAUCUAGCCUCAACCACACAUCCGUUGCCUCAGCCACGCUCCAAAACGAAACCCCUGAGCCCAUCCAAUCAGGUCAAUGCACAACCUCUGAUACCACUGCAAGACAGCUGGGAAGUUUGUCCUUUAACACCUGUGGAGACUUCUGAUGCCCAUUCAGGCAAUUAUCUGCAGGAACUCUUAGAUGUCUUCAGCUCGGAACCUCAAAGUGAACUGAGUAUCAGUGUCAACAUCCAGGGAGAGCAGACGAACCAAACUAAAGAGAACCAAAGUGAGAAGAUGACCUCCCUUCACAACGACCACAACAUCCGGUCAAGAAUACAAGCCUUUGAAAGUCAAUCAAACGCAGAGAAUGAUGAAACCUCUAUGCCUUUCCCUCGUCCUCGUAAGGUUUUCGCCAAACCACCUGCAGUGGCACCAAAACCUUCUAUUGCCCUCCGACCCUCUGUCAAAAAGCCCAAAGAAGAGCAGCUUUCACAAUUUGCCAGUCACUUAUAUGAAGAGGUCGACGCGCCACCGAUGCCAGCGCCAAGACCUCAACUUUUAAAAAAACCAUCGUUAGACUCAAGAGAUGACUCCAACUCUCAGCCUCCCUUCAGGGCGGUCCUCAUCCCUCCAUCGCGAUCUUCACUGGUCAGAGUUAAGAAUGUAUGUUCCCAGGAUGAGGAAGUAGUAUUGAAAGAACCUCAUCUGCCUCUCAAGCCCAGCAAAGACCUGCUGAACCUCAACAAUCACAACUCCACCGCACUUCUGUCUAACAUUACAUUCGCAGAGAACAUGCUUAGCAAUGACUAUGUGGAUGCUCCCACUAACCACUCUCCCUCUAAACCUGCCCGUCAAGGAGGAUUCAACUACAUGGGGCCAAACACGCUGGGAGUGUUCAAGAGACCCACAGUCAUCAGGGUCCCCAGCAAAACUGACAAAUACCCUGAAGAGACGGCAGACGUUCCCACACCCACACCUGCUCAACCCUCUCGCAAAGACUCCUUCAGUUUCUCAACUGAUAUGUCUCUUCCACCACGGCCCAGUGGAGGAAAGGUUCUGCCUCCUCGACCGUCACCAGCUAAAACAGGCCCAGGGCGACCUCCUCCUCCAUGGAAAGAUGGCUCCCAACGUCGGCCCUCAGAUCCAGGAUUUUCACAAAUAGUGCCAUCAAAACAACAGCAACCUCAAUGGCAGCAACAAAACCGUAGAGCUUCGAAAAAAGGACCUGCCCUCCCGCCGAGACCCAACCCUGGACAUCGUCUUUACAACAGAUACACCCUUGAGAUCCCCCACGGUAUUGCUGAGUUUGACUACAAUGGCACUAACACUGGGGAGCUCUCCUUUCAGAAAAAUGAAGUCCUCGUCUUACUUGAGGAAUUAGACAGCAAAACCUUCGAAUGCCAAGUGGGAAACGCUAAGGGGAGAGUGCAGAAAACACAUAUGAAGAUUAUCACACCCUUAACAAAUUUACUCUGCAAUUCAGCACCUCAGAAAAACAGCUCUUUUAGUGGCAUGGUGGAAAACACUGGAUCUCUGCGAGCGCAAGCCCUGUAUGACUUCACUCCAGAGGGGCCUGGAGAGCUGGUGCUAAAGGCUGGUGAUGUGGUGUCUAAUGUAGAGCAGCUGGACAGUGAGUGGUACAUGGGAACAUGCAGAAACAUCACUGGAUUCUUCCCCAUUAACUACGUCAAGACUCUGAACAAGCCUGGUACAUCUGCGCCAGCAUCCAGCAAUGAAUGGCAAACCAAACCAUCUCCUGAGCCUGUCAGAGGCCCAAGGUGUGUCGGGAGGUUUGACUUUGAGGGAGAGCAGAGCGAUGAGCUCUCAUUCUCUGAGGGUGAUGUGAUUCGGCUUAAAGAAUAUGUGGGAGACGAGUGGGCUCGUGGGGAAGUGAACAGCCAAGUUGGUAUUUUCCCUCUCAACUUUGUGGAAGUGCUUGAGGAUCUCCCUCCAGCCCCAGUGCAGAAAUCUGCUCCGAAUAAGAUUGCACUGCCUGGAAUGGCUGGUUCAUCUAACACACGAAUGUCUUACAAGACCAGUGAGGCGGAACGUAACAGUGCAGAGUGGGCCGUGGCGCUGUAUGACUUCACAGCAGAGACAGAAGAGGAUCUGGCCUUUCAGCAGGGAGACAGGAUCCUGGUCACUGCUCACAUAGACGAUGAAUGGUGGAGCGGACAGAUAAAUGGCAGACAAGGCUUCUUUCCCAAAGCCUUUGUAGAGAUUGUUACAGGUGGGAGAAAUUGGUAAGAGGCAACCUCAGAAGCAGUGUUUUUCUUCUCUGCUUUGUUUUAAUUGUGUGUUUGUCUAAUAUAUAUUUAUAAAUGUGAACUCAUUGUUAAUAUUCCAAAUCCACUGUCUCCUAAAAAUAUAUUCAUGAAGUGCUAUGGGAGUUACUACUUCUUUGUCUUAUAUGUACACUCUAAAAAAAUCUAAAAAUAUGGCACAUGUACUGUAUUUGAUGGAAUUUCUCUAGUUAUUUUUUACAGGUGUUUUACCUGCAUUUUGAAUUUUGCACUUCAUUGCAUUGUGUUUUAGGGUUAAUGGAAAUGUUGGUAAACAUUAAUGGAUAAUGUCACAGUAAAAAGCUGCCAGUACUUUAUUUUACAGAUUUAUUUCUUACAGUGUACUAUAUUUAAGCUUACUUUUCUGUAUACAGUAUUACUGGUUUUAUGUACAGGGAACAAAUAGUAUACAUCAUUUUAUAGAUUUAAGCAUUUUUAAACACAAUAGACAAAUGCCCAGUGCCAUCUUGUGUCCAUAAAUCUGCACUUGGCCAUCUUUAUAAUUUUGACAAGUGAUGAUAGACAUCUGAGGCAUACCAGUGUUUCUACAGGACUUAAAUGUGUAUAGUAAUAAUAAUAAAUGUCGUAGUCAUGGCAUUAAAUGUUGUAUGAUCUUCCUCAGUA